GGGACCAUGACUAAGCCCGCUAUUUUACUAAGUUAACAAGAGGAGAAAAAAGAGGCAUAGCGUCAUAGCCCCACCAUCCCACCUCGCGGGUGCCAUAGGAAACCACUGGUUUGCUCCCCUCCUCUGGCCUUCUCUGUCUUUCUGCGCGAUCGCCACGUCCACCCGUUCUAUUUCUACUCCGGGAUUUCUUCCUUGAUCGUCAAGUCUUUCUUCUUCAUACUCUUCUUUUCCGUAUUUCCAUUCCAUCAAUCUACGUUCUUCUAAUUAUACCCCGUUCGUGAUACCACAUCAAUCCUCGCAAUGUCUUCUUCUCUCGAGCAGCUCAAGGCCUCUGGCACUGUCGUCGUUUGCGACUCUGGUGACUUUGCUACUAUUGGCAAGUACAAGCCUCAGGAUGCCACCACCAACCCUUCUUUGAUCUUGGCUGCUUCCAAGAAGCCUGAGUACGCCAGCCUUAUCGACGCCGCCGUUGAGUACGGCAAGAAGCAUGGUAGCAAUAUCGACGAGCAAGUUGACGCCACCCUUGACCAACUCCUGGUUCAGUUCGGCAAGAAGAUCCUCGAGAUCAUCCCCGGCAAGGUCUCCACCGAGGUGGAUGCUCGUUUCUCUUUCGACACCCAGGCCUCUAUUGACAAGGCCCUUCACAUCAUCAAGCUCUACAAAGAAAUCGGUAUCCCCAAGGAACGUGUCCUGAUCAAGAUCGCCUCCACCUGGGAAGGUAUCAAGGCCGCUCAGGUCCUCCAGCGUGACCACGGCAUUAACUGCAACCUGACCCUUAUGUUCUCGAGCGUCCAGGCCAUCGCUGCUGCCGAGGCCGGUGCUUAUCUAAUCUCUCCCUUCGUUGGCCGUAUCCUUGACUGGUACAAGGCCGCCCACAAGCGCGACUACUCUGCCGAGGAGGACCCCGGUGUCAAGUCGGUUCAGAACAUCUUCAACUACUACAAGAAGCACGGCUACAACACCAUUGUCAUGGGUGCUUCCUUCCGCAACACCGGUGAAAUCACCGAGCUUGCUGGCUGUGACUACCUGACCAUCUCCCCCAACCUGCUCGAGGAUCUCUACAACUCUACCGCCGCCGUCCCUAAGAAGCUCGACGCCACCAGCGCCGCCAGCCUUGACAUCCCCAAGAAGACCUACAUCAACGAUGAGGCUUUAUUCCGCUUCGAAUUCAACGAGGAGGCUAUGGCCGUCGAGAAGCUGCGUGAGGGUAUCUCCAAGUUCGCCGCGGAUGCCGUGACCCUGAAGAAUAUCCUCAGGGAGAAGGUCCAGGCAUAAAGGGAGACUGCCAUACGCGUUAAUAAAGUCAUGUCCAUGCAAUGUUCUCAUGUAAAAAUUGGCGACCUCCAAAAUUGAUUUAGUAGAUACGAUUCAUGAAUGUGUUCUUUCUUCAAUUCACCUCUCAACCUACUAUAAUUGAUUGGUUCAAUUACGUAUUUUGUUUGGGUUGAAAAGUAAUGAUGGUUGUAGGAAGUCAUCGGAAACGGGAAUUGAUGUCGAUCUAUAAAUACCGGCCCUGGAGCUCAAUUGCGUG